UCCUUCUGGAUGACGGAAGUCGGGUCGGAGCCGAGGACGACAUUUUGUUAGCAGCGCUAGCAUAACAGGCAGCUUUCCUUGCUUCUCGGAGGGCACCGUCAUAGUCCUCGCCGCUUGUUUUUUUUUUGCCCCCGGCGGUAACAGAGCGCGGACAUGUGGUAUGAGAUCCUCCCCGGCCUCGGCCUCAUGAGCGCCUUCCUGAUUCUCCCGGGCAUUGUGACCACGCAAUGCCACAGGAUCACCAACGGAGGAAAGGAGAAAAGGAUCGCCCGGGUUCCGUGGCAGUGGUACCUGAUGGAGAGGGACAGCAGAGUGUCCGGAACGGGCCAAUACUUUAACUCCAAGGGACUCGAGAACAUCAAAUAAUGAAGAGGAUAAUGCAGACUGAGAAGAGCAGAAGUGUCCAUGUUGUAAAUUAAAUAAAGCUUUUGUCUUUUAAAAUCAGUUGAUUAAAUAAAAAUGUUUCACCC